CCGGUUCAUUCUGUUGUGGCCACUGUUUCUCCCAAGGCACUAUCGAUUCUUAUAUCUGAUCCUGACUUCUCGUCGCCGAGAUCUACCAAGUUUGAAUAGGAAAGAAGUGGUGCCUGACGACUUGAAUGCCCUGGCUUUCGGCGUUUCUCAGCUACAAAAUGAUUCUCAAUUUCGGAUCAGCGUGUACGAAGAGAGCGAUAGUGGUCUGAACCACACAACCUUCGAUCAUCAGCGGACUAGUAGUCUUACCUUGAUAUCCGCCCUUCGUCUCAGCGCACCAUGUCGCCGACAAACGGAUGUGACAGCGAGAAGAGCGUAGCGAGCCCGGUUUCAGAGGGCGAACCACUAGCCGUAGACAAAAGUAUUCGACGGAAGGUUGAUCUGAAUUUGAUUCCUAUCAUUGCAAUCCUCUACCUUUGUAGUUUUUUGGAUCGAGGAAAUAUCGGCAAUGCAAGGGUCGCCGGCAUGGCGGACGACCUGGAAUUGACUGGUCUUCGGUACCAGCUGACGGCGGCUGUGUUCUUCAUCCCGUAUAGUCUGCUGGAGAUACCAUGUAAUAUUAUUAUGAAAUUGAUGCGACCGUCAAUCUGGCUCCCCGGAAUUAUGCUUGCAUGGGGGCUCGUUAUGUUCUCGAUGGCUUUCGUAAAAAGUUACCAUGGCCUCAUCGUUGCCCGGGUGUUCUUGGGUCUGGCUGAAGCAGGAUUACCUCCUGGCGUUGCAUUUCUCAUCACCGUAUGGUAUCGCCGCGAGGACCAGGCGCGGCCCUUGUCAUUCUACUUCUCAACGGCAACUCUGUCUGGUGCAUUUGGCGGCUUACUCGCGUUCGCUAUCCAGAAAAUGGAUGGACUUGGUAACCUCAGAGGAUGGGCCUGGAUCUUUUUGUUGGAGGGAUUAGCAACUAUCGUCGCUUCUCUACUGGCAUUGUGGAAGCUGCCUGAUUACCCAAGCACAGCCAAAUUUCUCACCCCAAGUGAAAAGGAUCACCUUGCGGAAGUGCUUCGUCGUGAUAAUGAGGGAGAGCCAUCCCAUUUCGAGAUGCGCUUCGUUUGGGAGACGUUACGAGAUUACAAGUCAUGGCUGCAGACUGCCAUGUACAUUGGCAUGGUAAUGCCCUUAUACUCUAUCUCGAUAUUCCUUCCCACAAUUAUCAACGCUCUUGGAUACUCCGCUUCUCAAGCUCAACUGAUGACAAUACCACCUUACGCCAUUGGCUGCGUCUUUACCAUGCUUCUUGGUACGUUGUCUGACCGGUUCAAGGUACGCGGACCCUUCAUCAUGGGAUGCUCGCUGCUCGCCAUCCUCGGAUACGCGAUGCUCUACGCCACGAGCCCGACGGACCUGCCGGGCGUCGGAUAUGUAGGCUGUAUUUUGAUCACAUGCGGAGUUUUCCCGACCGUUCCUCUGAUGUUGGUCUGGGGAUCAGGGAACGCGGGUAGCUCGCUGAAGAAAGGCGUGAUUAUCGGACUCCAGAGCGGCGUCGGUAAUCUUGGAGGGAUUUGUUCCUCGUUCAUAUACAGAACACAGGACACUCCGAGAUUUCACUUGGGUCAUGGCUUCGUGCUCGGGUUCUUGUGUAUGGCAUUCGUCGUCUCUGCAUUCACAAUAUGUCUCUACCACAGACUCAACCAAGCCAAGGAGGUGUUUUGCGUGAAAGAAGGCAUUCAAAGGGAUCGCAAAGCAGAUUUCGCCAAUCUAGGAGCCGACUCCCCUUUAUUCAAAUAUACCUUGUAGAGGGGAUGCAUCAUUCUUGGGAGGUAUCAUGAUACAGACUUCAUUUAGCCUGCUAUUCCAUGUACACGAAGAAAGGUAACCAUCACUAUUUACCUAUGAUUGAUAGCUAUAGAUGGCAAACCAAU